UCGAGAAAUAAAGCCUCGUGUUGAUGCGACUCGUCUGACCAUGAUGAGCGAGUCCUCGGGGAGCUGCUGCUGUUCAGGAGCGUAGAGCUCGUCCAUCCAGCAGCUGACACCACUGAAACUCACUGGAGGGUGACAUCACAGUUUGGACACACACACACACACACACACACCCCUCUCAGCCCAAACUGCUCUGACACUCUGUGUGAAUGGUAACACCCCCUGAGCUGAAUGUCAUACUGUGCUUUUUACAGUGAUGAUAUUUGUUGUUGUCUGAUAUGACCAAUCAGCAGUGUGGAUUCUUUAAAGGGGCACUCUGUGGUUUGGGACAAGAUGAUUCCCCCAGGAUGCUGUUCAAACCUUGGAAGGUGGCAGGGUCUGCCACAUGUAAACGAAGUAUUACACUGUGUUGUUAGUCAGUCAGUUUGUGUAACUUCCUCAUGAUAAACCAUCCUCCCCUCUCCUCACACACAUCCAACACCUGCUACGCCUCCUCUGAAGUCCUGAUCAGCCGCCUCAACCAUUACGGUGUAUUUUUAAUAUUUCUAUCCUCACCACGCCUCAGACAGCCGCUGGAGUACAGAACAAACAGCUGAUCUUCUGCACAGGUGCGUAAGAAUACGGACGUUUGAGGGAAUGUGUGUCAAACUUACUUGGAUUUACAUUUUUUUGAGGUGUGCCUUCUUUAGCAGGCUGCUGUCGGGCCUGUUCAGCAGAACGACGCUCUGCUCCCUGUUGAGUGCUACGUGCUGCUUCUCUGCACUGAUGCAGCGGCCAGUGCAGCAGUCUCUGGCCUCCUCCCUGUGCCGGGAGUCCCACUGGAAGUGCCUCCUCCUGACCCUCCUCAUGUACGGCUGCUUCGCCACGCUCGCCUGGUGCGCCCUGUGCCGCGUACCCGUCCUCGGCUCCUCCUCCGUGCCUAUCCGAUCCGACGACAACGCCACCUCGGCGGCCUACUAUGACAUCCAGCACAUGGAGAGUCCGUGCUCCACCGGCUACAUCUACAUCCCUCUGGCCUUCCUGGCCAUGCUGUAUGUGGUUUACUUGGUGGAGUGUUGGCACUGCUUCUCCAAGACGGCAAUGCUGGCUCAUGCCGAAUUCCAAGAGGUGUACGAGCGCGUGCAGAGGCUUCAGCAGGCCACGCCCUGCAUCUGGUGGAAGGCCAUCAGCUAUCACUACGUGAGGAGGACCAGACAGGUGACGAGGUACCGCAACGGAGACGCCUACACGACCACGCAGGUCUACCACGAGCGGGUCAACACUCAUGCUUCCAGUUCAGAGUUCGACUACGCUCGCUACGGUGUCAAGGACGUAUCGAAGGAGCUGCUGGAUCUGCAGCUGCACCCUGCUGUUCGCCUCCGCUUCACCAAGUGUUUCAGCUUCUCCAGUGCUCGUGCUGAAGCUGCCUACCUCACCCAGCGAGCGCGCUUCUUCGGGGAGAAUGAGGGGCUGGACGACUACAUGGAGGCGAGGGAGGGGAUGCAUUUGAAGAACGUGGAUUUCCGUGAACACAUCCUGGCGUUCCCAGAUCCUGCGCACCAGCCGUGGUUUUCCAGGCACAGGGUCUUCUGGCUGGCUUCUGCUUUCCUGCUGUCCUGGCCUCUGCGGGUCGUGUCAGAAUAUCGCACAGCAUAUGUCCACUACCACGUGGAGAAGCUGUUCGGGGAGGACGAGGAUGGUGGCGGCGGAGGAGGGGGUGGAGGAGGGCCGGGUGGCAGAGCAGAUGGGGUCGAAGGGGGAACUGAGAAUGGAAUCCACCCGGGAGGAAUUGGGAUUGGAAUUGGUCUAAAUGGGACGAGUUACAGAGCCAUCUCCCGGGUCAACACGGUGGACAUGACAGAACUGGAGUGGCACAUUCGUUGUAACCAACAGAUGGUGCCGAGCUACUCUGAAGCCCUCCUUAUGGACAUGGACACAAGUGGGGGGUCAAACCCUACAGCCUCCACGCCCAUCUCCGGGCCCCCGUGCACCACCCCGAGCCAGGGGCCCAACCCGCCUCCUCUGGCUCUGCCCGUGGUGUUCAACUCGGCUUACCUCCUCCAGAGCUGUCCCCGAUGCCGGAGAACCACAUCAAGUUCCAGUCUUCCCUCCAGGCUAAGGGCCCCGAUGGGAACCACAGCCCUCCUGAACGCCACCGUGGCAGGCAUCAGGGCGGCGGGGCAGGGGGGCGGAGGUAUCGGAGGGAGGCUGGUGCUCAGUCGGAGCGGAUUCUCCCUCGGGAGACUCGGAGGAGGGCGCCACAACAGCCUGUUUCAUUCCAGAAGCAUGGGAGGAGGGUUGGGAGGAAGCAGGGAGGACGGAGGAGCAGGAGGAGGAGGAGGAGGAGGAGGCAGCAGCGGAGGAGGUGGAAGUGGAGGCGGAGGUAGUGGAGGAGGUGGGGGAUUCCUCGGGUUGGGUUCCAGACAGGACAAUGAGGAGACCAGGGGAGUGCUAGAAGGAGAAGGAGACGAGGAAGAGGAGCAGGAGGAGGAAGAGGAGGAGGCGAGGAGGAGGGAAGACGGCGGAAGAGGAGGCAGGGAGAGGGAUGAAGAAGCAGAGCAAGACAGCGGAGGAGGAGUCGAGGUGAGAGACGGUGGCGGGGGAGGGAGGGAGCGUCCUCCAUCCUACCAGGACGCGUUCUUCUUCCCCGUCCUCAUCAUCCACGGAGAGGAGAGCUGCCACGCCGGAGACGACAUGUGACCAUCGCAACAAACAACAACGUUAAGAGGGAGAAAGUCCGGGCCGAGGCCGAGGAGGUGAAAGGAGGCAGCGCACAGGGAGAAGAGUGGAUCAGAUGAGAAGUGGGGUGAGGGAAAAUGAGAUUUGAAGUGGUUAGAAGAAAGGAUUGAGACAGAACAAAGCACGAGAGGCGAGAACAGCUGUGUGACGGACUGAAGCAUCAAGGAAAGAGGGGAAACUGUUAAAAGGCUGGAAAACAGGCUGGUUCAGAAGAAAAGACUGAAGCAGCAAGAUGGAGGGAGGGCAAGAAAAUCCUUCUGAUUGUAGACUUUACUACUCAGAGACUGUAAGAGAGAGAGAGAGAGCUUACAGAUACUUCGGAAGAACACAAAGACUGAAAGUUCGGAAUGUCUAUUUUCAGAUUUAUCUAUGCAAGAGCAGGAGUGGGAGGUGUAUCGAGUCUAAAAAUAGCAGGUUGGAGAGCAGCGAGAGACUCCAAACCAGCUGAGUGGUAGCGGGUAUUUUUUUUUUUUCAAAAGUGUUUAGCUAAAAAAAAUCAAUCUGCGUAGAGGUGGACUGAAAAUAAACAGAAAGAGGAAAGAAUUCCUAAAUAUUUCAGACGAGGAAGGAAGCCGAUGGGAUGGCGAGGGAUUCCAAACUACAGCGUAGAGAAGGAGAGAGAGAGAGAGACGAUGACGGUGGUGAAAUGUGCAGAUAAAAAGAGGUGAGCGAUGAUAGAGAACACAAAAUGGCCGCAGCACUGACAGAGAAUUCAAUCAAAAAAGAUCGACUCAAGAGGAGGAGAUGACGAUAAAAGACGAGAGCAGCAGUCCUGACCUUCAGUCUAAUCCUGACAUUCCCAAAUAAUAACUCCCGUCAAACAACAACUAAGUAGGCCUGCGUCUCUCAGUGUGUGUCAUCAGCCUCACCAAGCAUUUAGCAGGCCACCGAAAGAAAAGGAUAAACGAGAGAGAAGCAUUGAUCUCCUCAUGCCAUCUCACUCCUCACUUCCCCACCUCCCUCCAUCCAUUACUGCAAAGAAAGCCUCCAUAAACAGAGUUGCUUCCUGUGGUUCUGAGCUCCACCCUGCUCCCGUCUCCAUUCCAUCACCUCCUCCCACUUCCUCCCUCCAGUGUAGAUGUGUAACACUGAGCAGCUCAUUUAUCGCUUUUUAUAAACACCAUGAAGUCGCUGCAACGUCCUUUUUUUUUUCUUCUUUUGCAAUUAGCACAUCUUGCGAGGCUGUCGUACCAAAAUAGAAUCACAGCAUCCACGGUGAACUCCCCCUCCUCCCCCCCCGCUCCUCCCUUCUCCUCACAUUUUUUUUAAGUGGCGGUUAUGCGAUACGCCUCUCUCCGCUCCUGGAAAUGCUCAGCUCAGAUUUCAUCUCGGCUCAGGCCUCAUAUCACAUCUCCUCCGUGAAGGUGGAAGGUUUCUCCUCUCGGAUCACGUUUUUAUAAACCACUUCUGUGAAGUUUUAUGACGUCCUCUCGCUAUUUUUAGGUCUGAAUAUUUUCAAGGACACAACAAGAUCUGAUCUGUGAGUUUACCCAAUGUGUCGAGGGAGCAAAAGUAUCGACAAAAAUAUCAGACUCUAAAGGUAUUAUUAUAUUGACGGGUCGCUAAAUCGUUGCCUGUGUAGUCUCGCUGUAGUUGUAAAGAUCUGUGCCCAGAGAGAGGCUCGUGCACUAUGAAGAAAAAAGAUGACAGUAACCAGUAAACCUUCCUCCAAUAUCAAUAUUCUAUAUAUCACACUACUAUAUGUGUUUAGGCAUGAAAAAACACCUCUUUAUCUCAUUUCUGUCCAUGAUAUUGGGCUGCAUGAGAAGUAAAACUUGAGCUCUCAGAGCUCAGCUGGUAUCCUCCAUAACAAAAGAGAAAAUAGAAGAAGAAAUUAAACUUUGUAUUUUUACUGCAGCCGACAAAAUAAAAAAUGACGCCCAGUCCUGUUGGAACAUGUCUGCUCGCUCCUCCUCUUGAAGAAUCACCUGCAGAUAAGCCGCGGUGCUCUGAAAACAUCUCGCUGUCACACGUGGAGAAAAAACUCUGCCGGCGUAGAGAUGCAUGUGACUCAAUAACAGCUACUGUGCAGGAGCUACUAAGAGAUGUGUAGCAAACAUGUCCGCCGUCGCCAAAAAGCAGUGAUUAAUGAUCAUUCAACACAAAUCUGAAUAUUUUCAACACAUGUAGACGAGAAUCCGCCGCGAUUAACCCGAGUGGAGAAUCAGUGCAGGGAGAGGCCGCCGGCACAGACCACACAACCAUCAGGGCUUUCAUGAAUAGAUUUUACAAAGCACAUGAGUAGCAGGAAGCAUUUAGAGUAGAUAGACGAACAUUUCUUAACCUUUUCUUCCUCACUUCAGCCACCUGCGCUGUCGGGAAGCGUCUGCCUCGCUCUCUAUCUGCUUACUUUGGACACGAUACUGAAAAAGCACACUGGAAGAAUGAAAAGCAGGACGUCCGGACAGACAAACAUCCAACCUGACCGGGAACACUCUCUCAAUGAAACCCUCUGGAAACUUAAAGUAGAGCAUGAGUGCUGACCUGGUUUGGCAUACGGGACACACACACACACACACACACACACACACACACACACACUCUGACACACAUUCACACACACUGAUUCUGGAUCUCGGGUAGCUUUGGGGGCCAUCAAGCUGAACUGGACACGGACGGAGGAAACAAACAGCGACAAGGACGAGUGGAGACCUGGAGAUGGACAAAGCCUUCGCUCUUAAAACAGCCACGGGAUGGAAAGUGGAGUGAAAAUGUGAAAAGACAAUUAUUUUUACAGCUAUUUAUCAUCUCAGUCUCUGGACAUGUUGAUAGAAUCGUCCUCAUUAAUGAAAAGAAGCACUAAAAAAAGCACCGACCACACUUCUGUGCUCGUUUGAUUUAACUGCAACAUGUUGCUUUCACUGACUCGAUCACUCGACCCGUCGUUCUGUUCAACACACACUUUUUGUUGCUGAAUUGGAAAUCAGAAGUCGUCGGCUCCCAUUUACGACCUGACUGCUUUUUACAUUUCAGUCUGACUACUGACACAACCAAUAACCACACUUCAGUCUGUAAUUUGCUACUUUUAUAUCAUCUGCAUACUUGAGUAGACAUUAUUUCAGGUUGUUUAAGUGAUGUCUGAAAUCCAAAUGCCUUUGUAAGCUUUAGAAAUCUCUCAUGCUUCAGUUGUUGAUUUAUUUACCGUCAGUCGGAUCCAGCGCUCCUUCACACCGAGCUCGACGCUCUGGUUCUGAACUGCGUAGGGUGUUUGGACCCACCUCUACUUGCCUGCUGUUUUAUUGAUUUAUUUAAGUGUACUUCACUCAGAUGUGUUGUUAAUGGAUAUUUAUACGGUGUUUUAUUAUCUCAGAGUGUGUCAAAAGUGUGUCCUCAGCCGCUUCAGGUGUGCCAAGAGAAACUUUGUGCCCAUGAUGUCUUACACGAACACACGCAUACUCAUGCGCGCUUGCAUGUUUAGUCACAGCAGUGAAGCAGCCAUUAUAACAGCUUAUUUUAGACUAGAGUGACAUUAAAUCCAACACCCAUCACAGCCCCCCACACACACACACACAGAAAGCAUGGAAUUGUCCAGCUACGUUGCCUUUGUGUCCGACGUUGCCAACGUUUUCGCUCAGGAUUUCAGUUCAUGCUGCGUCCUUGUGUCAACACGAGCUCUCGUUCACGCGUAAAGAAUCCGUCAACAUGCCAAAGCAAAAAAAACACAGAGAGAGAGAGAGAGAGAGAGAAUGCCUGUGCUCACACUUGCACAUAGACAACAGCAGCUGGUUACAGGCGGCACAGAGAGCUUUAGUUCCAUCUGUGCUGGUGGAGGUGACGAACGGGUCGGUUUACUCGGAAGCAAAAAUCGAAGAAUACUUGAUCUUUUCAGGCGAAAUGCACUUUCUUUUGCUAAAAAAAAAACCUGAAUAGUUAUGCUCAUGAGUAAAUCCACCCAGAAUGUGUCUGGCUAAACCUUGCAAGCUGGAUUUUUGUCCACUAGGUGGCAGCGAAGCCUUAUAAGUGUUUGGUAUUUAGAGGGUUACACCAUCAGUGAAUCUGACAGGGUAGAAAACAGCUGCUGCUCUGCUCUCCACGGGCCGAGACGUGUUGCACACACUCUGCUCGGAUGUCACACCAGGUAACUUGUCUCCGGCAGCUCAUGUAAAGCACCUGCUGUGACAUCACUGUUCAGAGGUGCGACAAACCUGCAGAGAGCAGCGCAGUGUUACGUGAUUGUGCAUUUAUCUUCUUAUUGUUUGACUUUUACUAUGACUGAAUGUGUUACUGAGCAAUAUUGCCCAUUUCCCUGCUUUGUGCCCAGACUUGUAUAUGUUGCUGCGCCGCUCUUUUGAACUUAUAACAAGCAACAGGAGCUUCAGUCAUUACACAACCCCACCGUUAGAUAAAGGUGGCUGUGAAUAAAUCCACUGCACAACUCAUCGCCUGGCUACAGCGACGAGGGAGGAAGGUGGUUUGCUCUCGUUCCCAAACAUGCGGUUUCCUUGUGUUGCCCGAGUGUCGACACCCUGCUCUCGUUUUCUCACCUCUUUCUCAUCGUCAUCACUUCACUAGCUUAUAAAACGCAAAAUUAUGACCGAUGUAUUGUUGUCAAUACUGUAACUGUUUCUCUUGUGGUCAUGGGGUGAGUGGAGUAGUCAUACCAAGUUUGUCAGACACUGUAAAAAACAUGUUCAGAGUUGGUUUGACCAGAACUCACACGGAUUCCAGCUGCAUUUCUCUGUUUUUCAUUUUCAGGUUUAGUCUAACAUGGCUUCUACAAAACUGAUCAGGUUCUGACCAAGUUUCACAAACAUGUAGCACUAUUGACAUUGGACUAUCUAUUUAAAGUCAAAUUGCAGUUUCCUCAGAUCCAUACUGACCAAAAAACAAACAGAAUUCAGGGUAUUCUUCUGACCUCUGACCUCAAACACUUAAUGUGAAUUUGUGUGCAUUAAUAAGUGAAAAAAAAACCAAAACAGCAGCCACGAUUACUGUCUGUUUUUAUCCACAGGUGUGUGUUUGCUGCUCAUUUAAUAAUGGCAAUUUUCCAUUGUGCAGAAAUUGUACUGUACCUGUACUGAGCCUUGUAUCCGUGUGAUACAGAGUCAUCGCCCUUUGUUUUUGCACUGGAGAAACGAACAUCUGUGUGUUGUUGCAUGUCACAGCCGGCCACCAGAGUAAAUAUUGGCAUGCUGCGUUUCUGCAAACCACAGCGGUGUUGAAACUUUACAGUUCCUUCUUUGCAACUUCUCUUCUUGCACCUUGGCUGGAAAAUGUCCUGAUGUCACAUCAAAAAUACCUGGUUUUGUUGCCUUUAACGAGACUUGAAAAUAUCCAGGUGUUUCCUCAAAAGUGUUGUUUUUUGACACUAAUAUGGAAGGAAAUUUCCCAACAUGUCUUCAAAACGAUCCUGUUUUGUUGCCACUAACGCAACGUAGACAUCACCCCAACAUCUUUUUAAAAUCUGCAUUUGUUGUCAUCUCAACAUGAAAAUGUUGAUAUGAUGUGUAUGAGAUGUGCAGGUUUGAACAGACGUGUGUUCUGCAGACGUGUGAAAUGCCAACAUGUUACUCCGGUGGCUGUGCCGGCUUCUCCUCGACGCGACAACAUAUCACCACCUGAGUCGAGGCCAGUUUUACCAUCGGGGUCAGUUUAAGAGUUACAACGUGGUCACGAUCAGUGUUUGAGAUGCAGCAACGCCUUUUUUAAAAAUACGUGUCACCUUGGUUGUUGUUGUUGUUGCCGAGUAUCAUCAUUGGACGACAGAAAGCUGUAGUCAUGUAAAAAUCCCGCUUGUCAAUGCAGCAAAGAGCUCUCUCACUUCCAGCCUCAGCAGAGACGUCACACUUCAGGAUACUCUUUCUUUCCUCGCUAAAUAUUUAAUGCUGCUGGAUUACUUGUGAGCUGUCGAACAAAUGACUUGUUACCACAAUGUAGUUGUUAUGUACAUGCAGCCUCUAUGGAGUAUAAAACAAUAAUGUCACAUACAAUGCAUUAUUGUCUUACACAGUGAUGUGUAAAAGCCAGGAAUGGGCUUUCUGUUCAAGCACCGUCGAGCAAAAUGUCCUCAGUAUUUAAGCUAAUUAAUAUGUAACUGAUAAUGAGAUUGUCAAUAUCACACCAGAUUAUAGCUGUUGUCACUGGCCUGUUUAAGAUAAUGUAAUUAUUUCAUUUGAGUGGAUGAUGAUGGCAGUGAGGGUAAUGGAGCUGGUGGCAAUAACACUGUUAACUGAUGCGAUCCUGAUGACAAUUAAUUAUCAUGGAAGAUACAAAUAAAGUCAACCUGCUUGGAUA